ACACAUGUCAAUAAAAAAAUUCAAAGUGCAGGGCAGUGGAGAUAAAAUAAAAUUUUAUAUUAAAUUAAUUGUUUCCUCAAUAGAAAUCUGUUUCAUUUGGUGCUUAGUAAUGAAGAGCAUUGUAUAAAGUUACAGUGAUUAAAUUUAAAAUGUUAUUACUUAUUUAAAAAGAAAAUAAACAACAUGGAUAACACUUUAUCUGACGGAUCUUCAAGCUCUCCUUCGCAGAGUAACUUUGAAAUCUUAGAUUAUGACUUCCUGCCACAGGAGUGGACAUUGGAUGCGCUGAGGCAGUCGGCGCUGCAGCAGCGGCUAGCGCGGCCGCGUAGCCUGGGAUGGGCUAUCAUGCUGCACGCGCUGCCUUCAGCGCAAGGAGACGUCAUCAGCAGCAUAACAACCCACAGGAAUUACUACAAUGACUUGAAGGCCAAGCUGUCUAUGGACCCGCGGGCUGUGAUCGGUGAUGAUCCGCUGUCGCAAGAUGACGAGAGCGUAUGGAAACAACACUUCUGUGAUAAUGAACUUAAAGCCAUAAUAAUGCAAGACGUCGUCAGGACCUUCCCUGAUGAGUUAUACUUCCGUGACCAAGACGUACAGGACAUGAUGGUCCGCAUCCUAUUCUUCUGGGCGCGGUCGCACGCGCACGUGGGUUACCGGCAGGGCAUGCACGAGAUCCUGGCUCCGGUGCUGUUUGAACUGUUCCAGGACAGGCGGUUUGCGCCCAGAGACGUGUGCGACGUUCUAAAAUGUUUUUUGGACGAUGACUACCUCGAGCAUGACAGUUACAUGCUUUUCAAUGCGGUUAUGAAGGGUCUAGAAAGAUUCUACUCCACGGGCGAUGUAGUUCCUUCGAAGUCUGGCCGGUUGCCUACUUCAAAAGUAGUUCAUAAUCCCAAUGAAGUGGUCAGAUAUUUAGAUAAAGUGAAGGAAGAGUUUUUAGUGCCUUUAGACCACGAGUUGGCAGCGCAUUUACACGAGUGUAAUAUUACUAUGGAGCUUUUUGGAAUUCGCUGGCUACGGCUGCUAUUCGGGCGAGAGUUCCCGCGCGGGGAAUUAGCCCACCUGUGGGGCUUUCUAUUCGCGGACGGACCAGCGUUGCCUCAUCUACACUUCGUGGUCUUGGCCAUGCUCAUCUCCAUACGGACCACACUGCUGGAAUCAGAAGCGGGCGGCGCCUUAUCAGCUCUAAUGCGUCCGUCACCAGUGUCGGUGGGUCACGUGGUCGCGUUAGCGCUGCACCUGCGCGCGCCGCUCUCGCACCCGCGCCCCGCGCCGCCGCGCCGCGCGCUGAGCAGUGUUCAAUCUCCAGUGGCGACAUCUACGUGGGCGCUGGAACAGACGGGCGCGUCACACGACGGUGACGUCGAUUCCGGCUCCGAAGGUGUGCCAGAAGGUGGUGACGUAGCUCGCGAGCUAGCAGCAUUAGCUCUGCUACGAGCGAGACUGCCCAACGCCGCGUCCGCGCUCGCCGCAGCCCUGCCGCGUCCGCCGCCACACAUAGCCCAGCCGCUACAGCAGAUCCUGCAGUUGGCAGCCCUGCUCCAAUGCCGCAACCACGCCCUCAUCGACGUUGAAACCGCGUUAGAAGCAGCCGAGGGCCACAGCACCGACAAGGUCGGCAAGCGACAACUGGUCCCCGUCUCCAUGAUCCCCAAGCGAAGCCCCGCCAAGCAGCCAAUCAAGAUACCCCCCAAAGUCAAGGAGGUCCCGCUCAAAGUCUUCCACCAGGUCGAAUGUAAGUCCACCAGUGAUCUGCCCUUCUUAGACCCGCUCAGGCUCCGGACAGAAUGACUAAGGCACAAACUACUGCUGUACAGCUAUUACCAUUAGGAAUAAGUGCGAGUGAUUCUAUGUAAAUACUCAUUUUGUACGUUUAUUGAUCGUAGGAUCGCCAAAUUGACUGCCUUAUGUCACCAAUUUGCGGUUUCGAGUUGAUCAAAAAAACUUCUGUGUGUACUAUAAUUUUCGAACAAAAUUAUGCAUACCACGGGAACUCUUUUGAGCAAGAUCUUUAUUGACUAAGGAACGGUGUAAAUAAAUAUUGGUGCAUUAAUAAAACAGAAAAAAUAUCAAAAGGAGUUGACAAGAUGACCUCGGUCGGACGGCAGUACCUAUUUAUUUAUACAUCAUGAAAUAUUUGACGAUCAGAAUCGUGUUUGGGAGUAGUGAAUUAUUGACCGAUUCUUGUAAAUCAACUAUUGUUAUUGCAAAAACAAAUGACUAAAUUAGAGUGUUCUUACAUUAUAUGUUUAGUAAAAUAAUUUCCACUGUUUAUACAAUAUGAUAUCUAUUUAAGUAACUGCCGUACCAGAUGUGUUUUAAUAUUAUAGUCAAUAAUUUAAAGUCGAUAUUUAACCUGUCAAAUAUUGUAUGAUAUGUAUUCUAUGUACACACUGUUAACUAUCCAUUUCCGUUUUUGCUCUCGCUCUCAUCAAAUAGCGAUUCUUUGCGAUAGAACGAGACGACAUGACAUGCAAUGGAUAGUUAAUACUGUUUCCGAUGGUACAUAUAAUAUCUGAAGCAGUCAUAGUCAUGCAGCUUUGUAAGUGACUCUACUGAAUAUAGUCCCAUAAUAAAGAAAUUAUGUCCUUUUAUUAACAACUAAUCAAUUUAAGUCGGCCCCUUAUUAUAAUAAUUGAGUAUUAUUGCCGAUGUAAAUAAACUCUCUCUAACUACCUCUCUUUAAAAAUAUUGUGUGUUAACCAAUAAACCAAUAUAAACAUUUAAUUUAACGAAAAAUAUUCAAAUUAAAACGAUGAUGGCAGCACUGUGCCCGAAGUACAUAAAAGCGCCUUAUGUGCCACAUAUUGUUGUCGUUAAUUAUAAGUAAAUGAAUUAUGUAUGUGUGUAUAUAUUGUAAACUGUUUCCUAAGCGAGUGAAUGCCUUAAGACAAUCUGUAUUAUUGUAAAUGUAUUUAUAUUAUAAGAACUACCUUUAGGUCCAUAUUUAUAUUGAUCAAUAUUAUAAUUUGAGUUUAAUAUCCGCUGUAUGUAUUCUAAGCCCAAUACUUAAUCCAAAUUAUGUAAAAUGGCAUGCAUUUAUGAACUUAAUUUAAUGUGUGGAUGGAUAAAUGUACACAGAAAUCGGAGAAGUUUCAAUUACAAUCGACAACCAUAAUCUC